AUGGCUGAUCGGAUCGGUCGCAAGAAAGUCGCGUUGAUGAGCAUUUGCGGACUGCUCAUGGAGGAGAUGGCUGUCCGACUUAUCUACUGGUACAGUGAAUACAUUUCUCCCCGCGCGGUAUGGUUCACGCCGCUGUUCCAGAUCUACGGUGGCGGCACCCAGGUCGCUACGUCGAUGGUCUACACCAUCAUUGCCGACAUCUACUCGGUGGAGGAACGGGCGAAUAUCUUUUUCAUCGUGUCGGCGGCGAUUCUCCUUGCCGAAAUCCUCGCAACGCCGCUGAGCGCCUGGAUGAUGGCACGGUCGUUGUGGGCACCGUUCCUCCUCGGGGGCGUCUGCGAGGUGUGCGGGGUCCUCGCUGGGCUGGGGGUUCCUGAGACGCUCCCGAGCACGAUGGACAGCUCCGACGAAGAAGCCAACGAGGACAGUGACGCUCCCAGCGAGUCCCCCUCCUGGAGAGACCGUCUCCGACACGCCUUGGGGCAGCUGUCGCAUUUGACAACCUACAUCUGGGGCAGCCGCAACAGCCUCGCGAUCUCCGUGGCGUUCCUUACAGCCAGCGUGGGCCGACAAUCCCUCCAGCUCAUGCUGCAGUACGUAUCGAAACGGUUCUCCUGGAGCAUGGCGGAAGCCAGCUUCCUGAUCUCACUGAAGGGGUGCAUCAACCUCGUCGGGCUGCUGGUGCUCCUCCCGCUGGUGUCGCGGUGGCUGCGCCGAUACCUCUCGGCGGUGACGAUGGACCUCCGGCUGACGCAGGCUAGCGGCGUGAUUCUGGUGAGCGGGUUCGCGAUCAUGGCGCUGGCGGGGAGGCCGGCGGUGUUUGCGUUGGGGGUGUCGCUGUCGGCGCUGGGAUGGGGCUUCUACUCGACGCUGCGGAGUGUGGCCAGUGCGCUGGUGGAUGAGAGCCAGAAUGGGAUCCUCAACACGACGAUUGGGCUGAUGCAGGGGGUGGGCAUUAUGACGGCAGGGCCGCUGCUGGCGAGUGCGUUCCGCUACGGGAUGAGUCUGGAGGGGGUGUGGCUGGGGUUGCCGUAUAUGGUUGGGACGGGGUUGUUUUUCAUAGCGGGAUGUGCAACGUGGGUGAUUCGGGUGGGUUAG